AUGGUGGACGAGGAGCUAAAAAGAUUAAGGAGUUCCGGCGGCUCACCUUCCCAGGGUCCAUCAUAUGCUGAGCUGCAGAAAGAGCUCAAGAAGGCCGAAGACUUGUUGGCAGCUGAGCAGAAGAAGACGGCCGAUCAGGCCCACACUUUGGCCGAGCUCAAUCGACAGAAAUCUGGAGUGACAGUUGUGGCUAAUGAAGAGAAUGAGUUGGUGCCUAUCAGGGUGAAGAAUUCAUGGAGAGUUUGUAUAGACUACAGGAAGCUGAACCAGGCAAGAAGGAAGGACCAUUACCCUUUGCCUUUUAUUGAUCAGAUGUUGGAGAGAUUGACGUAUGCCAUUUGGACUCUGCAACGCUCCAGGAACCUUUCAACGGUGCAUGGACAUAUAGUCUCUAGGAGAGGAAUUGAGGUAGAUCCUGCUAAAAUUAGUGCUAUAUCUUCUUUAUCUUACCCCGCAUGCGUGCGGGAUGUUCGAGCUUUUCUUGGUCAUGCAGGAUUUUACAGGAGAUUUAUUAGAGACUUCAGCAAGAUUGCUCUUCCACUGUCACAGCUUCUUCAGAAAGAUGUGGAGUUUCAAUUUGAUCAGAGGUGCAAGGAAGCUUUUAAGAGAUUGAAGGAGGCUUUGAUUUCUGCACCUAUCAUCAGGCCACCGGAUUGGACAUUACCAUUUGAGCUUAUGUGUGAUGCUUCGAAUUUUGUCAUUGGGGCAGUUUUGGCACAGAGAGUAGAAGGAGCACCACAUGUGAUCUGCUAUGCAUCGAAGACUUUGGAUUCAGCUCAAGCCAAUUACACCAUGACAGAAAAGGAGCUUCUUUCUAUUGUUUUUUCUUUGGAUAAAUUUCGUUCAUAUUUGCUUUGUUCUCACGUGGUUGUAUUUUCUGAUCAUGCAGCUUUGAAGUUUCUCCUCAAGAAGCCUGAUGCUAAGCCCAGAUUGAUUAGAUGGAUGCUUCUACUCCAGGAGUUUGAUUUGGAGAUUCGUGAUAGGAGUGGGAAGGAGAACUUGGUUGCAGAUCAUUUGAGCAGAAUUGAAGGGGAACUAGAUCACACAGCUAUUGAUGAUGAUUUUAGAGAUGAGCAGCUUUUUAGGGUGCAUGGUGAGUCUCCAUGGUUUGGAGUGCCUAGAGCAAUCAUCAGUGAUAAAGGGACACAUUUUUGCAACAGUCAGAUGAAGGCUAUGCUGAGUAGAUAUGGGGUUUCACAUAGAAUUUCUACUUCCUAUCAUCCUCAAACAAAUGGACAAGCUGAGGUAUCAAAUAGAGAAGUGAAGGCAAUUCUUGAGAAAACUGCGAGGCCUGAUAGGAAAGAUUGGAGCAAGAGAUUGGAGGAUGCUCUUUGGGCCUAUAGGACUGCUUUUAAGACUCCUAUAGGAAUGUCUCCUUUCAGAAUGGUUUAUGGUAAAGCUUGUCAUCUUCCAGUGGAGAUUGAACAUAAGGCAUUUUGGGCCGUGAAAGCUUGCAAUUUUGAGGUUGGCCUAGCAAGAGAAGAAAGGAAGUUACAACUUCAAGAACUUGAAGAAAUUAGGUUGGAAGCUUAUGAGAACGCACGGAUCUAUAAAGAGAAGACCAAAAACUUUCAUGAUAAGCACAUUGUGGGUAAGGAAUUUCAUAUUGGUGACAAGGUGCUUUUAUAUAGGUCACGGCUCAAAUUUAUUAAAGGUACAUUGAGAUCUCGUUGGGAAGGUCCAUUUGUUGUUACUAAUGUUUUCUCUUAUGGAGUUAUUGAGAUUAAGGAGGAGUCUUCGGGCCGGAUUUUCAAGGUGAAUGGGCAUCGACUUAAAGUUUUUUAUGAAACCAAUAACCAAAUGGAAAUGGAGAUAGUGAAACACGUUGAUGCCAUCUACCCAGUUAAAGGGGAGUUUGUUCCAACUUAG